AUUCUACGUGAUGAAAAACUCUAUCCCAACCCUGACAUGUUCAAUCGGGAACACUUCAUGAGCAAGGGUCAGAAUCCUUCAAAGGAUCCAAGGAAUCAUAUCUUCAGUUUCGGAAGAUGCUACCCCGGCGCAGAUUUGGUUGAAUCGUCCCUUUGGUUGCUCCUCGCCUCGAUGAUUGCGACUUUAGAU